CUCUCUCUACCCCUGCCCUUCGCGCUCCCGCGACAGCCAUGCUUCAUCGUGCAGUGCAAGUGGGUUUAUUGGGUUCGGUUGCAGUUGGGGCGGUGUUGUUGACUCAACCCCAUUAUCACCCCCCGGCGUCGCAAACAUGAUCGCCAACUUCGUGGCGAAGUCGACACUGGUACUCUGGAAAGACUCGCCCGCGACAUAGGAAUGUGAAAUUUUUACCGAUGACUUGGGCUCUAAAAGAGGUGAUGAGCACGGCUUCAAUGCUCGUUUGCGCAGGACAUUACUUUGACUUGCUUUCACGGUUAAUGUGGGCGUUGUGGCUAGAGUUGUGUGAGUUGCACUGCAUGGGAGGCGCAGUUCACCAACACGGCAAGUAACACAUUUUGCAACCGGUCAGCAGGGAUCAAGUUCCGUGUCGUCUCCUGAAGCCGAUGCCGCCUGUUGGGACUUCUCGUCGUGGACGAGGGUGGAGUCUGUAACCGGCACCGCGCUCCUCUGUCCCCGCAGACUUCGACUCGCGAUGGCGGUGGCGAUGCUGAGCGGCAGCAGCGCGGCGUUGCCAGGACCGGACCCGCGGGCGGACUUCCCCGCGUGGCUCUCGGCCCAGGGCAUGAAGCUGCCCUUCGCCCAGGCCAUGGAGCGGGAGCUGGGGAUCGGCGACUACGAGGAUCUGCUGGCGUGCGCCGAGGACGCGCAGGUCACCCUGGAGCUGCUGGCCACGGCGCGCCAGCGCCUGCCCUUCGCCCUCUACGCCGCCCUGCGCCGCGUCGUCAAGGCGGCGGCCGGAGCGGCCGAGGACUCCUCGGGGAGCCGGAGGGCUCGGGAGGGAAUGGGAUGUGAGAACCCCCUGGCCCUGCGAGACCUCCUCGACAUGAUCGUGGCCAUGCUGCAGACGCUGGGGCAGGAGCUGCUGCAGUCGGCGCACAAGUUUGGGUCGCUGGACCCGGCGUUCAGUGGUGUCCGUGAUCCCGUGCGCGACGCCAGCCCCUUCCCGAGCCCUGUCGUCACAGGCGCUGACAACGCACCAGAUGCUGCAGAAGUGAUAAGCGAGGAGUUGCUGGGGCAGGCGUCGCCAUGCAGGGAUGAACCGAGCCCCGUGGCUGUGAACGAGCGCCAUCUGCCGCGGAUGUGGAUGCUCAACGACGUGGUGGACGAUGGCUCCCCACCCCUCGCCACUUGUGACCCAGGGGAUGAGGAGGGGCAGCUGGAGGCUGGGGUCCUGGAGGACGAGGUGGUGGAGCAUGAGGCAGAGCACAUCUCCUUGCAGGACCUGCGGGGCCAGGGCCCCGAGUGGGGGCCACAGGGCCCGGGCAGGGACGUGCGGCCGAUGUGGGCCAACAUGGACAUCAAGACGGAGAAGAUGUGGGAAGGCCAUAGCGUGCUGGGGGAUCUCUGUGUGUUCAGAGUUGGAGGGCCCGAGGGACGAGGACAUCGCAGACAUUUGGCCGGAAGUGAAGUUGGAGACUGUGGAGUCGCAGCACGUGUGUGCCGCUGCCCAGGUACCAGGGAGGCCGUGUUGAGGGCCCCGACACCAGCACCCAUGCUGGGCCCUCCUCUCCAGCACCAGCAGCUGCCAGUGUUGCUCCCGAGCCGGCGCGAAAUGCUCCUCGGGGCCCCACUUCGCCGCCACUACCAGCGCCACCUUCCCAAGAAGCAACACCAGCAGCGGCGCAGGCAUCAGAGCGUGGGGUGGCCGGGCAGAGCGGCGGCUGCUUCCAGCGGUCCUGGUGAGGCUGGCAGAGCCGGUGAGCCCGACGGGGAGGGGAGCGGCACUGGCCGCGGCCAGGGCGCAUACUCGUGCGACCAGUGCGGACGGCGCUUCACGCAGUCGAGCAACCUGAGCCGGCACCGGCGCACCCACACGGGCGAGCAGCCGUACCGGUGUGAGGAGUGCGGCAAGCGCUUUUCACAGUCGUCCAACCUCACACGCCACAUUCGCACGCACCUGCGCUGGCACCACCUCAUCAAGCACGAACAGCAGCAGCAACAGCAUCAUGAACAGCAGCAACAGCACAUUGGGAUAGCAGAACUCAUGGCUGAGCUCACGGCCCCAGAGGCCUGGGCCUGCAGGCCCCGAGGCCUCUGGGCGCCUGCAGACUCAGAGGCCUCUGGCCUGCAGGCCCCGAGGCCUCUGGGCCUGCAAGCCCCGAGGCCUCUGGGCAUGCAGGCCCCGAGGCCUCUGGGCAUGCAGGCCCCGAGGCCUCUGGGCGCCUGCAGACUCAGAGGCCUCUGGCCCUGCAGGCCCCGAGGCCUGGGCCUGCAGGCCCCGAGGCCUCUGGGCCUGCAAGCCCCGAGGCCUCUGGGCAUGCAGGCCCCGAGGCCUCUGGGCAUGCAGGCCCCGAGGCCUCUGGGCAUGCAGGCCCCGAGGCCUCUGGGCGCCUGCAGGGCCCCGAGACCUGUGCCCUGCAGGCUCCAAGCCACUCGUUGCCAUGGAGACGCCCAGAGGACCCCGGUCGCCAAUUGGCGGCUGCCUCUCAGCAAGCGGCGCGCUCAUUGGUCGAGAGCCGCGGCGAAUGAGCGGGCGUCUCGCUGGAGCGGCGCGUGCACCUGGAGCAGCCGGAGCCACCGGGGUCGAGACGGAAAGGGGCCGGGCCCCGCGUCAGGGGUCCCAGCCCGGCAAGGGGAGGAAGGGGACCCCCCCUUGGAUCAAGCAGCAACGAUGGCAGCAGCAGCGGCCGUGGCCGUGGCCCCUCGCGUGGACCCGCGCGCGGACUUCCCCGCGUGGCUGUCGGCCCAGGGCAUGAAGCUGCCCUUCGCCCAGGCCAUGGAGCGGGAGCUGGGGAUCGGCGACUACGAGGACCUGCUGGCGUGCGCCGAGGACGCGCAGGUCACCCUGGAGCUGCUGGCCACGGCGCGCCAGCGCCUGCCCUUCGCCCUCUACGCCGCCCUGCGCCGCCUCGUCAAGACGGCGGCGGCGGCGGCCUCCUCCUCCUCCGCCUGCGUGGGGCCCGCGGGGGGGUCCCCACGGGGCCCCCCCGAGUGGCCGCUGCACGAGGCCGCCCAGCCCGGCCUGGCCGCGCUGCUCGAGGCCAUCGUGGCCACGCUGCGCGGCCUCGGCCGCGAGCUGGAGGCGUCGGUGAGGAGGUUCAGCGCCCUGGAGGCCCUCGGGGCCUGCAGCCCCCCCGGGGGGGGAGGCAGCCCCCCCGGCGGGGGGAGCCGCUACCCCCACCGGGCCACCACGGAGCACAGCCCCCAUACGGAGUCAUCAUCGUCGCUGGAGCCCCCGCCCGGAUCGCCGCGUGGAGACCCCGAGCCACUCGCCGCACUCCCCACUGCCUGGGGUGUGAAACGGGGUGCGCUGGCACGAUGCGAAGAGGAGGAACACGGUGUGGAUGUGGGCUCCGACGGUGGCGCGGCGUCCUGGAGGGAUGUCAAAAAGGAGGAACUGGACCCCGAUGACGGGAACCUGGAGGAUGCACAGGGCCCCGACGACAAUGACGACGACGACGACGAUUCCGACACGGACCCCGAGCGGCUGCCCGUGGCCCUGGACAGGGGCCCCUCGCCGUUGGGGGAGGAGCACGUCCCUCGGGGAGAGCCGGGGCCCGGCGGAGAGCAGGCCCCCCCCCCAGCGGGGCCGCCGCCGUUCGUGUGGAUCGAGGCGAGCGGAAUGUACGGGGAGGAGGAGGGGCGUGGCGAGGGCGAGGGAGCCGGCGAAGAUGCGACGGGGACAGGGGAGGGGGCACACUGCGGAGGGGAGCAGCAGCGAGGAGCCUUCAGGUCUCACCGCUGUGAGGAGUGCGGUCGGGAGUUUGGCUCCCACUCGCACCUGGUGCAGCACCGCAUCAUCCACACGGGCGAGAAGCCGUACGGCUGCGGCGAGUGCGGCCAGCGCUUCAACCGCAAGCACCACCUGUCGCGGCACGCGCGCACGCACACGGGCGAGCGGCCACACGUGUGCCCCGAGUGCGGCGCCAGCUUCGCGCAGUCGUCCGACCUCAAUCGCCAUCGCCGGCGCCACGGCGGGCAGCGCCCCCACGCGUGCGGCGCGUGCGGGAAGAGAUUUGCGCAGGCGGGGGAUCUGGCUCGCCACCGCAUGCGCCACACGGGCGAACGCCCCUACUGCUGUCCCGACUGCGGCAAGGGCUUCAUCCACCCGACGAGCCUCAUCAACCAUCGCAAGGGCCACGCCAGCGGCGUCGCCGCGCUCUCGCCGCCGCGCCGGCCCCCCCACGGCGCCGGCGCGCAAGGGGACGGCGCUCAAGGGGACGGCGGAGUGUGAGGGGCCGCACGUGACAGCGCCGUCAGUGCGACUACCAGUAACACUUGCGCUACUGCCGGUAGAAGUGACAAUUUUAUCGACACUACCAGCAAAAUUAGCAGCAGCAGCAGCACAGCCAAACACUAUCAACGCGCUACGAAAGCGACGACCAACACUAUCACUUCAUAACAUCACUGCCACCAAGCCACCAAAGUAUCUAGGAACACCGCGACCAACACCAAUCAAAUGUAGUGAAACCACUAUCAACACACACCGCUACCAGCAACAUUACCAACAUCGGUGCCACUACUGUCACCACAAACCUGCCAUACCACAAACAACGCCAUCAACGCAGUCAGAAUGUUUUAUUUAGACCUGAGGAAUCCAAUAAGCUAUGGAAGCUCUUUGUCGAUCACCUCCAGCUCGCCGUUACCACUUCAAGCUACUUCUGCCAUUGGCACCCCCCCCCCCCCCUACACUGUUCGGCUCCCACGCCGGAGCCUCUGCCGCUCGUGCCAACUUGCCACGGCUGCCGUGAGGUCACCACACAAGCGUGACCCAGAGACUGUGGAAGCGACGGGCUUGACAGCCCAGUGAAAUGUACUACGCCUUUUCAAGUAAUGUUUGCGAGAGAUGUGCGUGUGGCUGUGUUAUUUAUAAGGUGAAGACGAAAAAAUAAAAAAUUGUACGAGUGCA